UAGCUGCCUCACGAUAACAAACCGGCGAACGAAGGCAAUUUAAAGUUAAUUGCAAACAACGAGUGCUUGGUUAAGUGUGGGAACAAGUUGAUCUGAAAUUAAGCGAAAUAUCGGUAAGGCAGGAUAUUGAUCAAUAUUGUUGCGAGUUACUUGAUGCUGAGAGAGCUUGUGGGUCUCGAAAGCAAAUUCAUAACAGUAUCAAAGGCUGUCUGUUCGAUAAACUAAACACGGUGCAUAAGGGAGGAGCACGGAGCGGUUUGAUUGACAGUUACGUUGAAAGUGCAUGAAACGUAUUGUGAGCAGCUGUCACACAGGGCAUUGUGGGGCGGUAUUCUUACUCGUCACAAACUACUAUACGUAGAUUAGCUCUAAGUAACAUUCGUGUUCGCCAAUCGAGCGUGAAUGUGUAUAGCCCGCGUCAUCGACACACAGAGCGGUUUAGGCUGCAGACUUAGCUCGUUGUGGUAGUAGACUGCGGUUACGUUUGAAUAUACUAACAAAGUCAUGGCCUCCACGAAAGUCGACUCAACCCAAAUGCGGGCAAGAUACAAGCCCGAUAAACCAAUGCUGGACGCUUUGUCGGAGAAUCCAGGCGAACUUGUCAAAACUGAUUCACCGAAUUUCGUAUGUAGCGUCUUGCCAUCUCAUUGGCGAUGUAACAAGACCUUGCCAGUAGCUUUUAAAGUUAUAGCUUUGAGCGGAGACAUUCCUGACGGACUUACGGUUACUAUUCUGGCUGGAAAUGAUGACAACUACUCGGCCGAGCUUCGGAAUUCAACGGCCGUAAUUAAAAACCAAGUAGCCAGAUUCAAUGAUCUGAGAUUUGUAGGACGGAGUGGACGCGGUAAAACCCUUUCUAUGACGAUAACAGUCAACACAGAUCCACCACAAGUGGCUACCUAUAUGAGAGCUAUCAAAGUUACCGUGGAUGGACCUCGCGAACCGCGAAGACACAGAGCUCGAGCAGAUGACCGCGACCAACCCGGUUUCGAUCAUUUCGGAUUUCCUACACGAUUUGGAGAACUGGGCCCGAUGGAUGGCUUCCGGUCCAGCAUGCCUUUCGCAGAGUUACACCCUCCUUCGUUGCAGCCAACUGGAUUUAAUCCACUUGCACCAGACAUGAACGUCAUCCGCUCCCCACCUGCCUGGGGAUUUCACCAGUUCCCUCCAGGACUAUACAGUCAAAGCCUUUCACCAGCAAAUACAGCAGCUGAUGCUUAUACCCUUGUGCAUUCAUCGAUGCCUGGUACGUAUCCUUCCAUGCAACCUUCAAUUACUGACGGAAAAGGAGAACACGCAUCGAUGCAGGCUGGCUAUCACGAUCCAAGAUCUGGUAGCUAUCCUCAAAUUGCUGCUGUUCCAUCUCCAAGAAGUACGCCAACAUCAUCUUCGGAGACCCCUGGCUCGCUGGCGCCUUCGCAAGGAAUGCACGAAGCGGUACAGACGAAUGCCAAUGAAACCGGUAUCGUUCAAAACGGCAUCAUGAUGGGCACGCCAUCUACUUACCCGAACACUAAUCCAUUUAUAUCGGGAAAUAACGGAAUGAGCAACAACAAUUACAUAAGUCUCAGCCCCUCCGGGGGCCUAAACUUGCCUUUUCGUCAACAAGCCGGAUACCCGGUACCAACCGAACCAAACCGGACAAACGAGGAGGAGCAAAGUGCGGUAACAAGUGUCGGAACCUACGGAUUCUAUAGAGGGUCAGGAGGUUAUGAUCAGACAAUCCUUGAGGCUAGCUAUCCGGGAAGUAAAUCUAACAGGCAAGCUUAUGCGGACAUUUCGAGGCUUGCGAAUCACACAGGGGUGAAUGGACACCAUGUCGAAGAGCUAGACGAAAAUGCAAAUAGCUCAACACCAAAAGUUUGGAGACCCUAUUAGGAUAAAUACUUAAUUAUGUCAAUUCUCGGGAAAAGCCGAAUUACCCUAAAAAGAUCCGUACCGGCGAUCAGAUUCUGGCAUAUAGUUAAAUCACUGGCCAUCCUACAGGGACCCAAAGGAGAAAAGUCCGGACGCAUAGCGUCCAGAUGUUGGCGGUGAGUAAAAUUGGAUACCAAGCAAUGUACAUGCAGGAUACCUGCUUUAGGAUUCAAAAUCUUUCUGUCAUUUUAGGUGCGGUUUUUAGGUUAAGAUAUUUGUUCCCUGCUUUAGAAUGUGAUCUUUAAGACCGGCUUCCGUUGACGUCGUGCGAUCUCGGCAAACGCGAUCGCUGGUUCUUUAUAGACAGUUUCUUAAAAAGCAAAAUAUUUGUAAGUCAGCCCUUUUUGCAAGCCUAGCUACAGUAGUGAGGCUUAAAUCUAACCUGAAUCCAAUACUUUUGAGAAUCUAUUAAAAGUUGAUCAACGCAAGAUUAGUUCACGAAUCCAUAUUAGCAGCAAUUAGCAACAGAAUUAUCCAACCAAAUAAUUUACUUAAUCGUUUGGCAUUAUCAAGCAAUGGUGAACCUUUGCUUUUUAAAUUUUCCAGUAAUUAUGUAACCUUUUCGUUCCACGACAAUGUGGUUCACCGAGAAUCCCCUAAUCUGAAGUUUCCGGACCAACGUGUUUGCUGCGGCAAGCUCAUUGAGAAAAUGCGACACCGUCUUUUACACAUUCUCAGCCCUAAACCGCACCUGAAUAUCAAGACAGAGCGUCUUAGAGACCCACGUGUACAAAAAAACAUUUAUUUAAACUUUUUUAUUUCGAUUUUCAAUAUAAAUGUCCUGUGUUUUUAUUCACAUGUAUAGUAUAUGAAUAUAUUAAGUUAGGUUAUAGGUCUGCAGGGGUUAUAUUCACAGGACAAAAACUACUUUGAAAUGAUAGUAUAAAUUACUAGCUUUUAUUGUGCAAUUAGUGUCGAGACAAGACGUGUGAAAAAACAGCUCUCUCGUAGGGGCAAAGUGGCUGGGGGCAGUGGCUCGUAGUUACCCUAUAGCACCAAAUUUUGGUGAAAUUUUAGUACCUGGUUGGAAUUUAUGGGAAAAAUGUAUCUUGUAUUCUUAGCUCCAAUCAAUCAUUGAUUCCUACUGCUUCCGUGCUGCUUAAUGCAAGUUAGUUGUUUUACACAUGCUUGAUCAAAGAC